GUUCUCUUAGUAAAUCACAACUGCUAGUGGCCCUUUCUUUAACCUGUAAUCAUGGCAAAUCCCUGGAGCCUAUGCUCAGAUUACUCUUCCCGUAUCUUGACUCGAUCGCGCUUCUCAAUUCUUGCUUUCACCAGAAUAACCCCCUUCGUCCCCGAUUCCCACACCCGAUCACGCUCUAGCACUUGUAUGUCAUCAUCAAAAUGGAAAUGCUCCCCGCGGACAUUCCCGACGCCGGGAUUCCAGCUUCUUGAUCCGGAGAUCAAGCUUGAGGAAGAAAGACUGCCAACAUAUGCUCCCCAAAAAUACUAUCCUGUCCAACGAGGAGAAAUAUUUAACGACCGAUACCAAGCCAUCGCUAAAGUAGGAUUCGGGGUGACUUCUACGGUUUGGUUUGCUCGUGACUUGAUUGAAUCUACCCAUGUCAUCCUAAAGGUAUAUGUCUCCGGCCAAGGGAGAGACCAUGAACUCAACAUUUAUAAACACAUUGAAUCCAUCGACACAGACCAUCCUGGCAAGAAGUAUAUCCGCAAGUUACUUGACUACUUUUACAUUAAUAACACUCAAGGCCGCCAUCUUUGUCUGGUCCACCAAGCACUUGGGCUAAAUACAUUUGAUUUCCUGCAGCUCAAACAUGGCCACCGAAUGACCCUCGAAGGAAUGAAACAGGCCAUUCGCCAACUUCUCGGUGCCCUAGAUUUUCUACACUCCGUGGCACACAUCAUACAUACAGAUCUACGACUCGAGAAUCUUCUCCUCCCUGCCCCUUCACCUGAGGUGCUGUCUGAUUUCGAAGAGCAAAUCUCCUCUAAGCCAGCUCCGAGGAAGGUUUUACAAGAUCGAACGAUCUAUACGAGCUCACGUUUCCCUGCCGGAGAUGGUCUUCCUCUUCUUGUGAUCCUCAAAUCCAAUUGGGAUUAUAAGGUGGAUAUUUGGAGUGUUGGAAUGGUGGCCUGGGACAUUGUCAGCCCCAAAACGAUCAUCCAAGGCAAGAUUGUAGACGACACUUGGGACGACGGAGCUCAUAUCGCAGAACUUGUUGCACUGCUCGGGCCCCCGUCACCCGAAUUCGUGAAAAAGGCGAACAUGAGCUGGGUCUUCUGGGAUGAAUCAGGGGAGUGGAAAGAUCUAGUGCCUAUACCUGACCGGUCAUUCGAUAAGCUAGCCGCCGAUAUCCAAGGUGAGGAUGUCGAGGGGUUUCUGAGAUGGUUGCUAUUGGCCUUGCAGUGGAACCCAGAAGAUCGCCCGACCGCUGUAGAUCUUCUAAUAGACCCAUGGUUGAUGAAAGGACUUAAUUUGUGAAAGAGGUCUUGAGAAAUGAUGUGCGUCCCAUAUUCACAAUCAUUGCAUGUAUAGACAUAGCCUGAGUUAAUAUACAUCGC